UCCCGUCCGCGAGCGGCAGCGCCACCUGGCGGUCGUGGUGUCGCUGUGUAGGCGCUCUCGGCCUGGAGUGGGCCCUGCGCCAGUCGGAGUGAGCCUGGGAAGGCGGAAUACGCCGGGAACACCUUAAACCGAGUUUACCCGAGCGGGCGGGCGAGAGGAGCCCCAGACUGAAAGGUGAUCCCUUAGGGGCCAGGGAGGGCCUUGGGGAGGGGCCUGGCCAGGACGGCCCGACUUCCGUGACACAGCAAACACAGAAAGACAAAGUCCAUUUGGAUGGAAGUGGGAGCGGAAAGAGAGGGGCCAUUUUGACUCUGUGGUCGAAGGAGAUGACUGAUCUGAUGGGGUCUGGGAGCCGAGGUGCCCAGGGUCUAAGGAUAACUCUGGACCCGUGACUGCCAUGAUUCUCACAGAUGAUCCCAGAUUUUGGCAUUCUGAGCAAUGGCAGGUACCACUGGACUUGUUCUGAGACCCUUCUCCUAGAGGAUGGCCAAGGGGCUCCUGAGGACCUAUGCCCUCUGGGCUGUAGGGGGCCUUGCUGGGCUCUAUCACCUGUACCGUGGGUGGGACAGCCACGCACAGCUCUGGAUGCCCCUGGGGGGCGGAGGGGGGGGAGGGGGCCUAGGCUGGCUCUGGGAAUUCUGGAAGCUCCCGAGCUUUGUUGCUCAGGCCAACAGACCCCAGCGGCAGAGGCAGAGUUCAGGAGGGGGGACACACCCUUUGAGUCCCAUUCACUUUGCUGCCCAGAUGAUAGUGGGCAUUUAUUUUGGCCUUGUGGCUCUCAUUAGCCUCUCCUUCAUGGGCAGCUUCUAUAUUGUGGGCCUCCCACUGGCAGCUGGCUUAGGGGUUUUGCUGAUGGCUGCUGUUGGUAACCAGACCUCAGACUUUAAGAACACUCUAGGAGCAGCGUUUCGUACUUCCCCUAUUUUCUAUGGCCACCCCAUAGCCAUCCUGCCCACCAGCUUGGCUGCUGGCAUCACAGCCCAGAAGCAUCGCCUCUACAAAGCUUCAGUUGGCUCAGAGAUGCUCAGUGUGCGGCUCUACUGCCUGGGCCUGGCUUACCUUGCUUUCACAUGCCCGCUAGCAUACAGUGCCCUCUGCAACACGGCUGCCGCCCUUAGCUAUGUGGCAGAGACCCUUGGCUCCUUCUUCAGUUGGUUCAGCUUCUUCCCCCUCCGUGGGCACCUGAUGGAGUCUGUCCUCCUUCUGCCUUACUGGGUCUAGAAGCUGCUGGUGGGAGAUCAUGGCUUCAGCAGCGGCUACUUCCAAGAGUGGUAAAAGCUCUAUGAGUUUGUUCACAGUUUUCAGGAUUAGAAGUGUCAGUUGGCUUACCAGGUUUUGGGUCUCUCAGAGGGGGCAACAAAUGAAGAAAUACAUUGCAGCUACCUGGAGCUCGAAGACCACAAUUGGCACCAGGUGGAGGAAGCCCAGAGGCACUUUCUGGAGAUCCAGGCUGUGUAUGAAGUCCUGAGUCAGCCCAGGAAGCCAAGGGGAUCCUGCAGGUGAGAAGAAACUUCCCUUUGAGGAUGGACUCUUCCUGGCACAGCUGAGCAGCUUGUCCCAGCCCAGCUUUGCCCACAUGAGGCAUCCCAACAGUGUUUAAGAAGCUGUCACUUGCAGUGGAGAUGAGAAAACCUUAAAGGGGUGAGAAAGCUUUUGUGGUAGAAGAAUGUAUUUAUGUUUUGAAUUUCUGAAUUCUUGGCUAUCGUAUUCCUGAUUAUUUUUUCUUAAAAUGAGAUAAUGCAAUGAUAGACAUAUUAUAAAACCAAUAAAAUAUCUUUUAGAGUCUAUACCACAUUAUUUCACCCCUGGCACAUUGAUGGAUGAUGGAGGAAGUUUACUUAACAAUUUUUUUUUUUUAAUGUGCAAAGCACUGACUUAGGUGAUUGAAGAAAAAUAUAAGGGUUCUAAUAUUUCACAAGGUGUCCUGUGACAAGAGGGAUUUGAUCUAUUCUGUGGGCUACCAAGGGGUAAGACUGGGGUUAAGUUUCAAAAUUUCAGAAAAAUAUUUUAAUUCCAUUUAUAGAACUUUCUAGGAGCUAUACUUUUCCCAAGAAGGAACAAGCUGCUAUGGGGUAGGGGGGUAGGGUGUAAUCCCCCUAUCACAGACUCUUCUGCUUGGUGUAUUGUGGAGAGCCCUCAAACUUUACACAGGUGGUUCGACUGGCUGAAUUGUCAGGUCUUCCUGAAACUUGGGAUUUGAUUUUGAGCUACACACCUUGCUCCCUCGUUGUUUACAGUCCAUUGGGGGAUAAUAACACAGGUACACAGAUAUCAAAGUCUGCCCCAUUCAGUGUUCUGAACUGUGUCCUAAGAGGUGUAAAUAGAAUGCAUUAGAAAAUUGCAGAAGGAACAGAUGACACUGUUUUAUGGGGACUCAUGGGAAAAUUCAUGAUUUUAUAUCUCAUAUGGCUUUAUGGGGACUUUGGGGAAACCCUAGGGAACCAACAACUUGAGAAUCUCAAGGGGGCCUUAUUUAAUUCCCAAGUGUGGAAGGAACAGCUCAGGAUGCCUCAGUUUGCAGAGGAAGACUGGAGACCAGGAACGCGAUGUUAAAAUUAUGUACACUUACUCCAGCUUUCUUGCUUUUCUUUAUUUGUGUGUACAACACUCAGUCCUUUUCUUUUUUCUGGAAGUUAACUCUGAGUGGUAUAUGUAUUCUUUUUAAAAUUUAUUUUAUUUGUUUAUUUAUUGGCUGCGUUGGGUCUUCGUUGCUGCACGUGGGUUUUCUCUAGUUGUGGCGAGCGGCGGCUACUCUUCGUUGUGGUGCGCAGGCUUCUCAUUGCGGUGGCUUCUCUUGUUCGGGAGCACGCACUCUAGGCGCGCGGGCUUCAGUAGUUGUGGCACGCGGCUCAGUAGUUGUGGCUCACAGGUUCUAGAGCUCAGGCUCAGUAGCUGUGGCGCACGGGCUUAGUUGCUCCGCGGCAUGUGGGAUCUUCCCGGACCAGGGCUCGAACCCGUGUCCCCUACCUUGGCAGGCAGAUUCUGAACCACUGCACCACCAGGGAAGCCCCGGUAUAUGUAUUCUUAAAAAGUAAAAUUAUUUUGGCUAGUUUUCCCUACUGAUUAAAAAAAAAUAGAUCAAUUGAGAGGAAUGAAAUUUGUAGAUGUGGUUUUUUUUGCAUCCAUAUAUAAAAAAAAAUUGCCAAUGAAUUUAUAUACCAUGAUUUUAAGACCAAAUUAGGGACUUCCCUGGAGGUCCAGUGAUUAA